AUGUCAAUGAAAGAGGAUUUACCAUCAACAAUUGAUGGUGCCAUGUACUAUGGAAAAUCUGCACAAUCAGCCGGAGGAGUAGGAAGAAAUUUGGCCGAAUCUAUAUAUAAACUAUUUGGAAAAGUAAAUUUUGUUUCAUUAAUUGGUGACGACAUUAUUGGAGAAAUUAUGUUAAACCUUUUGCCUGAACCUUUACGGCACAACAUAGUUAAACUUCCAGGCUCUCGAACUUCUUCUUGCACUGUCAUGGUUGACAAGGCUGGGGAUUGUAAACUCAUAUUAGGCGACAUGGAAAUUCAUAACAAGUUUCAUGCAGAAUAUAUUUCACGGAAGCUUUUACACACAGCAUCUGUUGUCAUAAUCGACGCAAAUUUACCCAUCGAUACAAUACAUUGGAUUUUAAAAACGGCUCGCGAGGUUAAAGUUCCGGUAUUUUAUGAACCCACAGAUUUGAGAAUAUCAGGAAAACCUUUCUAUAGCAGUGUACCGCAUCUUACCAACAUAAUUCGACUUAUAACUCCCAAUUAUGCCGAACUUCAAGAUAUCGUUAGAUCUGAAUUGGGGGACCACUAUGAAUUUGAUGAAGUGGAUUUAGAAAAUGUUGAAGCAACUCUUGAAUCAGUUAAACGUAUGCUUAAGGCUAUUUCUCAUAUGUUUGACUGUAUUGUGGUUACCUUGGGACAGGCUGGCAUUGUAUUAUCUCUAAACUAUUCAGUUAAUCCCUUCCAACAACCUUUGUUUAUCGAUCAGAAAUACAUAUUCGAUCCAACUGAAAGUACCGAAACAUCGAAGAGAAUUAUAUUUUUCCCCACUCGAAUUGUAGAAAAAAAUGUUGUCAGCGUUUCUGGUGCCGGGGAUAGCUUUGCUGGUGGUUUCAUUUCAGGACUACUAAAGGAAUACACCGUAUCUCAAUCGAUUGGAUAUGGCUUUCAUGCUGCUAGGGAGGCUUUGAAAACCGAAGCUGCUGUGCCAAAGGAAUACUUUCCACCAGGUUGGGAGGAUAGUGACUUUUGGUUGAGGAGAAUGGAGUACUUUAAAACACCAAGUUGGUUCGGAGUAAAAAUUUGGGAUUAUGUAAUUGACUAG